GUGGUGGGUCCGGCGGUCCCGGUCAGGACAGUGGCGGCGCGGCGGUGGCACGGACGGUGCGGAGGACGACCGCGGCAGAGAUGUGGAGUGGCCCGAUUUUGGCGUUGAUUGGACUGAGUGCCAUCUCCGUUCCGGUGCUUGCUGCGCCUCUGCAGCCCCAGAUCAGUGAUGCACUCUGCUCGGGCGGCGCGCCUCGGCUGAUAUACGUCACUGAUGUAGCGCUGAUGUCUGCCCAACUGACGACGGCAGGAUCAUCGAAUAGCACGCGCCGCCGAGUGUGCGCUGUUGAUUUGGUGACCUGUUUGGAUUGUCACCUGAAGCUAACCGUGCUGCCCAGUCAGCUGACCGGCUGCGAACACCGUGAUCAGUGCAGAUGCCACCACCUGGAGAUGCUGGAGCAGGGUCGCCAGUACGACCCCGGUCUCUCAGACUGCUCAGUGGCUGGAGGCCUAUCAAUGACCUCUGUGGGCCGUACUCUGGAUAUCCGGCUCUCCUUCCUAGAAACGCUCUCCGGCGAAGUUCUGUUCAGGGUGGAAUCCAGAGAGAACCGUUUCAUCUUCUCGGAUCCGUCCGAGGUGGUAGAGACGGCUCAGUUUCCGGUCGCCUACCCCGCCCACUAUGUGGCCGAAUACGUGAUCAAACGUCCCGAGGUGCACUCCCACUCUGCCAUCCUGUUGUCGUUUACCGACUACUUCGUCUCGCCUUGGUCUCUGCUGGAGUUGACAGACGACCGGGAGCAAAAGGUGGCCACCUACAGCGGUGACGUGUUCCGGCCACCCAUCACCCUAACCAACUCGUCCUGGGUCACGCUGCGAUUUCACGCCAACGGCAGGCCGGGCGCCGGCUUCCGCGCAAAGUUCGACUUCAUACCUCCGUCUGAGACGGGCGCGCUGCCGUCUCCGCCGCGCACGGACUGCGGCGGGGUGGUGGUCAGCGCCGGUGGGGCCAUCACCAUGCUCAACAUGACCUCGUCUGGCACGGUCUGGUUCGACUGUGUGUGGCUAGUGCGCUCUCGACUGCCAGCCGGACACGCUGGCAAACUGUCACUGCGGCUCCUCGCCUUCCGCGACUUCGCGCCGGGAAGUCAGCUGAGAAUAGUUGACGGUCAGACCACCAGAGGCGCUACUGUCGCGCUGGUCUCCGAGUCUGACAUGGACCAGCGGCACGAGGCAGAUACUGAACAUGUUGUCAACUCUGAUCGGGCGUUUUACGUGCAUCUUCGGGCAGGAUUUCGGCCAGCUUCUCAGUUGGCUAUCGUCUAUUCAUCAUUUCGAAAUGGAGCCUGCGGCCUUCACCAGGAGAUGAGCUGUGGUGAUGGCCGGUGUAUCGCCCUGUUCCUGCGCUGUGACGGAUUCGCCCACUGCCCCGACCGCUCCGACGAAGAGUCCUCCUGCUACACACACUCGCUAUCCAACAGCUUGGGAGUGCAGGAUGAAGACACAUGGACUCUGAGUCCUCCAAACUUCUACUUCCCGGGCCCGAGUCAUGCAGUGGCCUCUCUGGAAUCGGCUACCCUCUCCCUGCUGGCUAUGUGUCUCAUAAUCGUGCUCACCAUGACAUCGGCCAUCAUCUUUAUCUACUCGAACGGGAGGGUGGCGGAGAGGAGGGCUCGGAACCGCAUCCUGCAGAGCAUCUCGAACCUCAUCAGAGACAGCAGUGUGGAGGUGGUCAGCGCCGCUCCGGACGAGCCUCCAGACUACGAGCCGCCGCCGGACUACGAGCAAAUCGUUCACUGCUUCACCGUCCAGAAAAGACGCAAGCGCAAACGCAAACACCUCAGGAAAGCUAUUGAGCCGCAACAGGCCAGCCGUAACCGCCGACUGCCGCGACACAACACGGUACCGAGUCUGCACCACUUCAGCGACUGGCUGCGGCACCACACCCACUCCCGGGCGAGUUCUACCUCCCCGACCUCCGCCGCCCCCGCCGCCGCCGCCGCCGCCGCCGCCACGGCCACGGCCACGGCCACCGCUGUGGCCAUGGCCGGCACGCCCGAGGAGACAGCGCCGUCAGCGGAGACUCCGCUGACCGUCCAGCUGCCGCCUGAGAAGGAGGAGUUUGCAGUGCACGCCGCGCUCCUCGGCGCCUGCCGGUGCGCCGGGGCGUGCGGCUGCGGCGUGCUCGCGCGGCGGCCGUCGCAGGCACACCGCCCGCGCGGCUCGAUACCCCGGUCCAAGUCGGCCGACGUGCUGUCCUCGGCGCUGGAUGAGGAGCCGAGUGUGACGAGGACCGGCAGAGGCGAGCGGUCUCCGCCGCCACCCUACCAGUGGCACCCGCCGCCCUCGCCGACUCCUACACCGGCUCCCACCCCGGUCCCCACCGCCUUCCCGGAGCCGCAGGCGAGUCUGAACUCCCGCCAGCUUCCGCCACUGAAGCUGAUCAUCCCUCAGUACCAGCCUUCAUCUGCAGGCGUUUCCCACAACCCGCCCCAGUCUCCUCCCAUCCCACAGCACUUGCCCCCGAACUCGCCCAUUCCUCAUCCCCCGUCUCUGUCACCUCCCAUUUCCCAAUCAUCACCCCAGCUACCUCCCACGCACCAGCCCUUAUCUAAGUCCCCGUCCAUAACCCAGUCUCCGCCUCAGUCCCCACCUAUUUCCCAUUCCACGUCUCAGUCGUCUUCCAGGCCGCAAUCUCCACCCCAGUCUCCAGCCAUUUCCCAUUCCACAUCUCAGUCUUCUCCCAGUCUCCAUUCGUUAGCUCAGUCCCCGCCUAUUCAGCAUUCUCCACCUCAGUCUCCGCCCAUUUCUAAAUCUCCACCGCUGCAACUAAAUUCAUCACAAUGUAUCUCUAGAUCCCCGGUCUCACCUCCAUCGUCACAUGUGGCUGUGUCAAUUUCAGAGCCUUCCAUCCUGCCCACGGCUCUGUCUGUUUCUACUUCCCUACCCCAAUCCCAAUCUCUCUCACUAGACUUACCUCAAUCAUCGCCGCCUAGUUCUCCAACCCCAGCCAUACCAAAAUGCCUACCCAUCCCCCCGCCAUGUGAUUCAAGUCCGCCCCGGUCCCCGCCUCUGGCUUCAACCCCACCAUGAGCUUCAACUUCCAACCCAGCUCCAUCGGCACCUAUGGCUUGAAUCACGCUUCUGUCACCAUUCCCUGCAAAAUGACCGGGCGGCGCGGUCAUACACCUGGCUUCAGUGUCCCUCUCGCCAUCCUCCACAGCGAGCCUGGUCUCUGAGAGCAGCUCUCCCCCCGGAUCACAGCAGGAUCCUGCUUCUCACCGAGCGACGAGUAGUCACCGUGGGCUAAUCAAUAGCCCACGGCUCGACUGUCUCGCAUUUGCCUUCUACGAAAGCUCGUGAAUGUCACCGACGUAUGGUGCUUUGAUCGGAUAAUUGUAUUCGUGCGGUGAUGAAGUGACCUUUAUUGGCAUGUCAGACUGUGAGAGCCACUAAUGCGGUGUCUAUAGCGACUAGCCGAGUGGGUGGCAGCGCUGAAAGGCAUAUUCAGACUGUUGUGUAUGAGCGGAUAGGUGCUACUGUGGUAUACACGAAUGCUAUUUUCUUGAUUACCCAUGGAUUUACUAGGUACAGAGCACGGAAAUACCGUGCUUCCGCAACACUAUUGCUUGUUAGCUUGGAGUUCUAUGCUUGAUUGGCAGGCAAUUUCUUCUACUGAGAUUUGCUAUACAUCGUCCUGGAUGCUGCAUCCUAAGCAUGCUUUCACAUGGCAUAAGGAUGCAUUGAUGCUUAUUACCCGUAAGCAAAGGGGAGUGUCCCGCCUGCUUUUGAUUAUCAAUACAUAUUUAGGAAUUAAUUACAUCUUCGAUUUCUGCUGGGUAUUGCAACACCUGCACGCUGAGCUUUCUUGCAGAACCUAUUAAUGGAAACGAAACCGGCAAGUUUUAUACGACCUGCGUUUUCCGAUUGUAUUCAUAUGCUGUCAUGCAUACAGUAUUAUGUUCGA